UUUGGUUAGAGAUUAAUGCUAUGGCUGAAAGUAGUGAAACAAGCGAUGAAGGAGGAAGUUGGUGGGGAGGAUGGAUACAAGCAGCAAAAGAGACGUCCAUGUAUGGGAUACAGGCAGCAAAAGAGAAGUCUAUGUAUGGGAUACAGGCAGCAAAAGAGAAGUCUAUGUCUGCCUACGAAAUGAUCAAGAAAGAUUUGGAGGAGUUUUCCAAUACAAUGUCAAAUGACACUGGUGAAGCUGUGGCUAAAACAAGUGAAUCUCUACGAGAAACCUUGAAGACAGAAAAUACUGAGGCUGCCAGAGACAAAUUAAAGCAAGGAUUGUCCUCAUUUUUGGAUGGUUUGACCAAACUUUUAGUAGUAGAAGCUGAAGACAAAGAUGUUCCUGUAGCAAGAAGAAAUCCUACAGAUCCAAUAUUUGACAGGGCUAAGGCUAGACUUCAUGCUAUACAAGUAGAUCCUGGUACCUAUUGUAAUGAUCCUUCUGGUUCUAUAGAUAAGUAUAAAGAAUGGUUGAAAUCAUUUAACAUGGAAGUCAGGAAAGGAGAAGUAUCAGAAUUACUAGUAUCACAAGUUGAAGUCAGAGGACUAUAUACCAGACUGGUACCAUCAGAAAUUUCUCAUGCCAAUUUUUGGAGGAGAUAUUUUUACAAAGUUCACCAGCUUCAAGUUGAUGAAGCAAGGAAAUUGGCAUUAAUGAAAAGGGCUGAACAGUCUGAGAAAAAAGAAGAUUCUAUAAACUGGGAUGAAGAGGACGAUUCUAGUGCAGAGGAGGGGGAAACAAAUACUGGUAAAUUAAAAUAUGUAGAAAAUAAAAAACAGACUAACAAGGUACCAAAUAUAUCACCAAACAAUGGCAAACAACCUCCCUCUACAUUAGUCAAAACAGACAGUAGUAUAGACAGUAAUAUAAAACAACAAACACAAGAAUCUGACAGAGUUGUAAAUAAUGAACUUUCCUGUGAUAGUGACUUAAAGAAUAAUGGUGGUACACCUAAAUCUUGUUCAAAAACAGAAAAAGAAAACUGCAAAUCAAUGGACAGUGAGUCAAAAGGAGACAUUUCGAAGAGUAGUGAGAUAAAAGUUGACAAUACAAAUGACAAUAAGACAGGUGCCAAUUCUCUUGUAUUAGAGGAAGACAAACCCACAGCCACAUCUAUACCAUGUGCAAGUCUUAAUGUGGAGAAAGAUUUGGAGAAAAAUAUAAGUACAGAUACAGAAAAAGAUUUGGAGAAAAUUAUAAGUACAGAUACAGAAAAAGAUUUGGAGAAAAAUAUAAGUACAGAUACAGAAAAAGAUUUGGAGAAAAAUGUGAAUACAGAGACAGAAAAAUUAACAGAAAAUGAAAAUGUGAAACCAAGUGAAGAGGAAAAUACAAAUGAAAAUGAUGAAAUAAGGACCAAAGUAAAGGGGGAUACAGUUGUAGUUAACCCAGAUAGGGAUUCCCCUUCCACAGAGUCUACAAAAGAAAGUGCUGAUGAAGACUGGGAGAGAGAUUUCGAUGUUGAAUUGACGGAGGAAGAUAUGAAAGCCGCCGAUGAAAUUGCCAAGAAAUUAAAUUUGUCUUCUACAGACUACACAAAAUUAUCUGCUGAUGUGGAAGAUGACUGGGAAAGCUGGGAAUAAAUUACUGCCUAUAAAAACUGUGGAGGGUUAUUUUCUUGGCUUAAGAGGAUUCUACUGCAUCAUUCAUUUGUAUUUUAUCAUUUCUCAUAAAGAUAUGUAAAUAGGUUGGGUAAAAUGAUCAGAAUGCAUGUAGAGGAUGGUAACCAUAAAGGAUCUUUAUUAAUAAUAAUAAUAAAUAAUAACCUGGUAAUUUUUUUCAUCAUGAUUAAAUUGAAUUUUAGAGGGAACUUUAUUUUAUCAUGUUUAUAUUGAUUCUUUAAAUGUGAAUAAUGAAAAUAUACAGUUAUAGCGUACAUAUACUAAUCUUAUAUAUAAUUUUAAAUGUUACAAGAAUCAAAUAUUAGAAGCACACUAUAGUUCAACAGGAAAUGGUGUGAAAAGUCUUUUUAUAAAUAAGAGAUUUUAUUUUUGAAUUUUUUUUCUUCUAAACUUUGUGAAUUGAUAACUACUUUGUACAAUAAUCUUUUUUCCAUUUUGUGUCCUCAAUUUCUGAUUUUUUUGUGUUUUUCUCAAGCAAAUCUAUAGCUAUCAUGUUUUGAUGAAAACCUAAGCAUUUAGAAUUUCAUGUAUGUGCACUUUUCAUUAAAUACAAGAUCUGAAACUAAUCAAUCAAACUAUUGAUGAAUAUGAAAGGGUAGACAACUCUAUGACUACUUAUUGUUUAUGAAAUGGGCAUACAAUUUAUCUUCCAUUGUUGCCUAUUAUGGGCACAGUGACGACAUGAUAUGUUUUAUCUGAACUUAAUUAUUCUAUUACUUAUAAAUUGUUAUGUCAUCAGGGGUGUGAAAAUGUCAAGCUAGAUUCAGUUUAUAGGUACACCAAAAACUAAAUCUUUCAAAAAAAUAAGAAUUAUACUUCUUCUUAAAAACUGGUAGAAAACUUUUUUUUUGUGCAUGAAAGACAUUUUCACAGCCCUUAAUAUUGUUUGUUAAAAUGUGAUGAAUUUUUGUGAAUUGCAUUGAUUUACAUGUAAUUACAUUGAUGCUUGUAUAUGAUUUAAAUUUGUCUUCUAGCUCAUUUGCAUAUGUAUUCUAACAGAUUGUAUACUGUCUCUUUUAUACAUUUUCAUUCUUUUGCCAUUUAAACACUAGACUUAUGUUUUUAAACAACUUAUUUAGACUAUAUGCAAUUAUGAGCUUGAUAUAUGUUUCAUAAAUACAAGUUCAGUUUAAGUAGUAAUUGUGUUUCAAUGACAUUUUUCCAACUAUCUGCCUCCUUCACAAAUAUUACAGAUUUAUCAACAUACAAAUAUAGUUUUACAUACUAUCUGAACCAAGCUUCUUUAAAUCAAAGUUGUCCGGAUUGAACAUUAUAAAGAUUCUUAGGAUAAAAUUGAGAAUGGAGUUGGUGAAUGUGUCAAAGAGACAACAACCCGACCAAACAAAAAACAAACAACAGCAGAAGGUCACCAACAGGUCUUCAAUGUAGGAACUUUUUUGGUGAGAUAUAAAUUCAAAUCAUAUCUUAAAACAUUCGCAGUUGGUUUGUCAUAGGAUUUAUUUACAUCAACAUGAUAUAUUAUUCAUAUUUUUCUGUGUCCUCUUCUCUAUCUAUAUUUAUUAAUUAUUGUUUAUAUAAAACAGUGCUAUAUUAUGAUUAAAUCGAUGAAUGUG